AUGGGCCGAUCAACUAAACGGAGAGUUAUUUCAAAGCAUAUUGCAAAUGCAAGACCAGGAGUAGUUCUGAUUCAAGAAACAAAAUUAGGAUCACAUAGAGAGAAAAUGAUUGAUUCGUGGGCAAAAGCAUUGGGGAUGCAGUAUUGUUUGGUCCCUGCAACGGGGUCGGCUGGUGGUCUGCUUAAUCUCUGGCGUGAAAAUGUUCUGGAGGUAAUUCAGGUGAUCACAGACCAACGUUUUAUUGUGAUGUUGGCAAAAUUACAGAAUGUAGAGGAGCUGGUACUAGUUGUAAAUGUGUAUGGACCGCAUUCAGAUGCAGAGCGGUUCACCUUGUUUGUUCAGUUGUUGACAAUACUAACAGAACAUAAAGGGGGGACUAUCAUGGGAGCUGAUUCAUGUUUGGUGGAUCUGCCUCUGCAUAGAGGACAUUUCACUUGGUCCUCAACUAGAAAUGAUGGGUUGGGAAGUCGUCUUGAUCGAUGGUUAUUGUCAGAAGACAUGUUUCUCUGCUUCAACAAUUUUAAUCAGUUUGCUCUGGAAUGGGGGAUAUCGGAUCACAGAGCGGUUGGUUUGUCUUUCGGCUUGGAUGAUUAUGGCCCAAAACCGUUCAAUUUUUUCAAUCAUUGGUUGCUAGAAGAUGGCUUUAACGAACUGGUGGAGGGGUGGUGGAAUUCGUUGGUGGUGGAAGGGUGGGGAGGUUUUGUACUGAUGAAAAAGCUUAAAGAUCUGAAAAGAAAAAUUAAUGAGUGGCGGAAGGGACGUGGAAUCUGGGGAGUUCAGCGAAUAAGGGAGUUGGAAGAGAAGGUCCACUGGUUGAUGGCACGAAUGGAAACGGAGGGCUCUACUAAAGAGCUGAGAUUGGAACGAAUUGCAAUAAUGGGGGAUUUAUGGAAGGAGUAUAGAGCGGAGGAGGCGACAUGGAUUCAGAAGUCCAGACUGAGAUGGGCAAGGGAGGGUGACAGGAAUACACGCUUCUUUCAUAGGGUGUGUAAAGUGAGGACAGCAAAGAAGAGUAUCAGUCAAUUGAGGGUUGAGGAUCGAUUACUGGAGGAACCACAACAGGUUAAGGAAGCAAUCAUGAAUCAUUUUAAAAGUUUUUUCUCACAUGUUGCUUCAGAGCGUCCGAGUAUUCAGUGCUAUAGCCUGAAGAAAGUUACUGCAGGUCAGAAUCGAUUUUUGGAGGCAGAAUUUACAACUGAAGAAGUUUUUGAGGCAAUCCAGAAUUUUGAUGCAAAUAAGGCACCGGGUCCGGAUGGGUUUACAAUGGCUUUUUUCAAACAGUUUUGGUCACUUAUCAAGGAGGAUGUUAUGAGAUUCUUUGGGGACUUCCAUGUGAAUGGGAAAAUUGUCAAGGGAUUAAAUGCAGCGUUUAUUGCUUUGAUUCCAAAAGGAAAUAAUCAGGAGACUGUGGCGGAUUAUAGACCUAUCAGCUUGAUUGGUGGAAUAUACAAACUCUUGGCCAAAGUUCUAGCAAACAGAUUGAGUGAGAUAAUGCCUUCUGUUUUGACACAGAAUCAAUUUGCGUUCACAAAGGGUAGACAAAUUGUAGAUUGUUGCUUUAUUGCUAAUGAAGUGGUGGACACUAUGAGAAGAAAUGAGGGAGGUGGGUUGCUGAUGAAACUGGAUUUUGCAAAGGCUUACGAUAAUGUGGAAUGGGGUUUUUUGCUGGAUAUGAUGAAGGAGAUGGGGUUUGGGGAAAAAUGGAGGAUUUGGAUGCACAGUUGUGUUUCGACAGCGACACUGGCAGUUUUGGUGAACGGAUCGCCGACAGAUUUUUUCCAAAUACAGAAAGGCUUGAGGCAAGGGGACCCGCUGUCCCCGUUGUUGUUUAACCUUUGUGUAAAUGGUAUGUCUUGUUUGCUUAAUCAGGCAUUGGACGGGAGCAUUCCGAGUGGAGUGGACAUAGGGAAAGGCUUGAGAUUGAACCACCUUCAGUUCGCCGAUGAUGCACUUCUGUUUUGUGAGGGUGAUUUGCGACAGGUUAAACGUUUAGCUUUAACUUUGGAAGCGUUUCUAUUUGUUUCCGGGUUAAAGGUGAACUUUCGAAAGUCCUCUCUAAUUGGUGUAAAUGUGGGCCAAGUUUUGGAGGAGCAGGCAGCAAGUAUGAUUGGUUUCAAUAGAGAACAAUUACCCUUUGUUUACUUGGGGUUGCCUCUGGGGGGAAGUCCUAAAAAAGGAGCUUUUUGGAAGCCAGUGGUGGAUCAAAUGUCUGCAAGGGCUCCAAAAGGUGUGAUAGGGGAGAUGGAGGCAAAGAUGCGUCGAUUCCUAUGGGGGGGCUCUGUGGGAAAUCGAAAGAUUUCAUGGGUGGCAUGGGAGGAUUUGUGUAAGGGAGUUCGGUAUGGGGGAAUGGGGUUGGGUUUUCUGGAGUGGAAAAAUAAGGCUUUACUGCUUAAGUGGUUUUGGCGUUUUGGUAGGGAAAGGGAUGCGUUAUGGAGGAGAUUGGUCUGUGCAAAAUAUGGACUGAUGGAGCAAUAUAUCAUGCUGAAUUUGGAGGGAGUGAGUGUGAAUUCAGGGUCCUGUAUAACAAGGGAUUUAUUGGGGUUGUGGAGGGAGCAAACUGUGGGAGUCAAUGAAUUCAUUAACGGAUUAGCUUGUAAAGUUGGGGAUGGUAUGGGUGUACGGUUUUGGGAUGAUGUUUGGGUUGGUGAGAUUGCUCUACGGACUAUGUUUCCAAGGAUUUAUGCUAUGUCAACACAGAAGAAGUCUGCAGUGGCGGAGGUGGGGAAUCGUGUGGGUGGCAGAUGGGAGUGGAUGUUGGAGUUCAGAAGGGGUUUCUUUCAGUGGGAAUUGGAGCACUAUAACAUGUUACAGCAACUCAUUCAUUCAGUGGUGCCUGUCGGUACGUCGGAUAAUCUAUUUUGGAAAGGUGAUUCAAUGGGAAUUUAUACUGUGAAAGGUCUCUGUUGUAUGUUGGAGGAUAAAUGGUUUUGUGAAGCUGGUUGGGUAGUGCCAAGGAUGGUGAGGAAGUUGGUGCCCACAAAGGUGUGUACUUUUAUGUGGCAACUACAGAAAAAUAGGGUGGCUACAAAGGCAAAUUUGAUGAGAAGAGGGAUUGUCUUGCCUGAUGAUGGGUGCUGCGUUUUAUGCUUCGCUGAAAUGGAAACAACAGAACAUCUAUUUCUGCAUUGUAAUUUGAUAUGGCCUAGUUGGGUUUCAAUCUUGAGGAGGGAGGGGGUGUACUGGGCAAUGCCUCACAAAUUGGCAGAUUUAUUAAUGGAAUGGGGGGAUCUCCGAAGAAUAUCUGAUCGCGUUCUGUGGGAUAUGAUCCCUUACGCAUUUGUCUGGACAGUGUGGCUGGAGAGGAAUGGAGUAGUUUUUAAUAACAAGGAUUUCUGCAUUGAUACAGUUUGGGACAUGCAUAUCGCAAGAAUGUCUUGGUGGGUAAAAGCUUGGUGGAGAAAGUGUCCGUAUACCGCAGCUCAAUUUGCAGUAGGAAUGCAGCAUAUUGUGUUACCCAAACCAGUAAAAAUUCGAAAACAGCUACAGUGGGUGGCUCCAGCGGAAUCCAUUCUUAAGUUUAAUGUGGAUGGUUCGACUUUGGAUAGUCCGGGGCAGAGUGGCAUUGGGGGGGUCCUGAGAAAUCAUGAUGGGGUGGCUGUGGGGUAUUUUGCCUUGAAAGUGGGAGAAAUGUGGGCUUAUGAGGCAGAAGUACUUGCUAUCUAUCAAGCUCUUCUUUUCUGCCAACAAUUUAAUUUCAAGACGGUUGUCAUUGAGAGUGACUCCACUUUGGCGGUAGGAUGGGUGGGGAAUAGUGAUAGAAGACCGUGGAAGCUGUAUCAGAUCCUGAGCAAAAUAGAUUGGCUAAUUUCUGAGGUCAAUUGCUUGGGUGUUGUCCAUGUUCUGAGAGAAGCAAAUGAGGUAGCAGACUUCUUGGCAAAGAGUGGUAGAGAUGGGCGUGUAACUCUAUGGCAGAUAACUUUGUCUCCAUCUGCUUUUUGGACCUGCAAUUUGUGGUAUCUACUGGAUCUGGUCAAGUGA